GGACUCCGCCCGACCACUUUUUCCGUAACACCUAUCCGGUGCCCAAGCCCCCGAACUUCCGUCCCGUUUCCGCGGAGCCGGAGCGUGAGGCUACGUGAGCUUGGAGACCAGAGACCUUAUCCUCACUCGAUCUGGUUCUGCUCCCCCUCUCUGCGUGGCUUUCGAAGUCAAGAAGGAGUCCUGCCUUUGGUUACCCAGCACUGGCCCCAUGGCUUCCAUGCAGAUGGAUCCUGAGUUAGCCAAGCAACUCUUCUUUGAAGGAGCCACUGUGGUCAUUCUGAACAUGCCCAAGGGGACAGAGUUUGGCAUUGACUACAACUCCUGGGAGGUGGGGCCCAAGUUCCGGGGUGUGAAGAUGAUCCCUCCUGGCAUCCACUUCCUCCACUACAGCUCUGUGGACAAGGCCAAUCCCAGGGAGGUGGGCCCUCGGAUGGGCUUCUUUCUUAGCCUGAAGCAGCGGGGGCUGACAGUCCUGCGCUGGAAUGCGGUUCAAGAAGAGGUAGACUUGUCUCCAGCUCCAGAGGCUGAAGUAGAAGCUAUGAGAGCCAAUCUCCCUGAGCUAGACCAGUUUCUGGGACCUUACCCAUAUGCUACACUCAAGAAAUGGAUCUCACUCACCAACUUCAUCAGUGAGGCCACCAUGGAGAAGCUGCAGCCUGAGAGCCGGCAGAUCUGCGCCUUCUCGGAUGUCCUGCCUGUGCUUUCCAUGAAGCACACCAAGGACAGAGUGGAGCAGAACCUACCCCUCUGUGGUACUGAGUGCAAAAGCUACCAAGAAGGCUUAGCCCGGCUGCCUGAGAUGAAGCCCAGGGCUGGGACAGAGAUCCGCUUCUCAGAGUUGCCCACUCAGAUGUUCCCAGCAGGUGCCACACCAGCAGAGAUCACCAGGCACAGCAUGGACUUGAGCUAUGCCCUCGAGACUGUGCUCAGCAAGCAGUUCCCUUGCAACCCCCAGGAUGUACUUGGUGAGCUCCAGUUUGCCUUCGUGUGCUUCCUGCUGGGCAAUGUGUAUGAGGCGUUUGAGCACUGGAAGCGGCUCCUGAACCUCCUGUGUCGGUCAGAAGCAGCCAUGGUGAAGCACCACACGCUCUACGUCAGCCUCAUCUCCAUCCUGUACCACCAGCUCGGUGAGAUCCCUGCUGACUUCUUCGUGGACAUUGUCUCCCAGGACAACUUCCUCACCAGCACCUUACAGGUUUUCUUUUCUUCUGCCUGCAGUAUUGCUGUGGAUGCCACCCUGAGGAAGAAGGCGGAGAAGUUCCAAGCCCACCUGACGAAGAAGUUCCGAUGGGACUUUGCUUCGGAGCCCGAGGACUGUGCCCCGGUGGUGGUGGAGCUCCCUGAGGGCAUCGAGACUGGCUAACUGCAAAUCCUGAAGCCAGGGAGUCCCCUUCCCAUGUGGCUACUACCCAUUUUCUCUGCUCAUCCAUCUGUCCUGGGACCCUCCAGCAUGGUGAUCCAGUCAGGGCCUGCAAAGACGGAGCCAGGCCCCUCUUCACCAGUAAAUACAUUCCUUUGCUGAAAAGUGGAGCAUUUGUGGUUCCCUUGAUCCUGGCCCUGGUGCUUAAUUUCAGAAAAAGGCCCUUUCAGAAGGUCCAGGUGAAACCUGUCCCAGCAACAGUCGAAUUCCUGACAAUGAGAAAAUGAACCUUCAGUCCUAAAGACUAGCUGCUUAUUCUGUACCUGGUUCAAAGAAGAAAGAAGAGACCCGGUCCGUCCCUGGUGUUAGUGGGUGAAUUUCUAAGUUAAAUGUAGGUUUGAAGUUGAAUGUGGUUGUACAGGAUUUCUGCCUGCUCCUUGUUGAAUGGAAGGAAGCCUGCCAGGAACUGGGUCUCAGCUCUCAGGAGCCCAGCCUGAGGAAGGCUGACAGGAAGACGGCGCACUGAGUCUGACAAUGCUCAACUUCAGCAUCCUCUCCCGAGGCCCCUCCUGUCUAGAAGCCCCAGGGGUUGGUGUCCCAGAAUUGGCCUUUGGUCUGGGGCUUCCGUUUUGAAGCCUCACACUCUCGGGUGGGACACGGAAGCCUUCCUUCCACAUGUCCCCACUUUUCACUGAGGCCACUGUGACUUUUUCUGAUGACAUGGAAAUUCAACAGCAAAAGGGAAGGUUCUUGUCCCAAGUCCGUCUCUCAGGCCCCGUUAGAGGUGGGCCUUUCCUUCAGAGCCCUGGAGAUCCCGGCUGGCGGGACUUCCCAGCCCUGCUGAGGGGCUGCCCUCGGUGCUGUCGCCUUUCUGGGUUCGGGAGUCUCGAGGGCACCCCCGUUGUGCUGUGUGGGCAGAGUUCUGCCUCAAGAAGGGCCCCCAGACCCUCCACCCUGACCUCAGGCCAUUUGCUGUGCUCUGGCCUCCCGGUUCCCGGUGCCAUCCUCUUCUGGGGCUCAAGCUCCCAGCAGGACGCGGAAUGAGAGUCUGUUGGUGCCUCUUGUUUCCUUGGAGAUUUUUUCCAAGAGCAGAAUGUACAUUAAAGUCUUUGAGUUGAGACUAAUCUGCCUGUGUGAGUCUGUAACAGCUAAUCUGCCCAGUUUCCAGAGCAGCCAGGCUGCUGGCUGUCCAAAGACCGCACAUCUACCUGCAGAGCACGCCACUCAGCCCCACAGUCUCUGGAGAAGGCAGGCAGACGGCUUUCCUCUGUUUCCAGUGAGACAGACACACCCUGUGGCUCUGUAUCAACCUGAAGUUUCACCUUGUGGGAAAUUGCUGUUCCUUUCCUCAAAGCCCACUCAUCAGAACUACCUGGGGAGCAUGUUCACAGUGCAGAUCCCAAGAAAUGAAGUGCUGAUGCGUGCUGCAUUGUGGAUGGACUUGUGCCCAGGGCUGGGGAGAUGGAUCAGUGGGUAAGUGCUUGCUGUAUAAGGUCCCCAGGACUCAUGGAAAAGCCAGGGGCAGCAGUGCACAGCUGUAAUCCCAGUGCUGCAGAGGCAGGAGGAUCCCAGGGGCCUUCUGAGCAGCCAGUGAAGUGAGUUGGUAAGCUCCUGGAUCAGUGAGAGACCCCCUGUCUGUGGAACGUGAUAGACGAAGACAUCCAGUGUCAACCUCUGACCUCCACACACUUGCACACAAAUGUACCCAACACAUGUACCACACACUCACAAACACGGAAGUAACGUGCUGGGGGAAGGAAAGAGAACAAGAAAAUACCCAGAGUAGCCAGGUCCACGGGUGAACGAAGAGGACCGCCAGCAGUGUAGACUUUGAAGCAGUGGUUUGUGGUGGGACACCUGGGGAAGUACAAAUGCCCAUCUUACCCCACUGGCCUCAGGGGCUUGAGUUCUGAAACACACCCAGUGUUGAGUGACAUUUUCAAGCAGUAACACGUCAUACUUGAUGCCCGGAGCACCUCUGGGACAAAAUUUGUCUCACACCGUCAUUGUGAAGGUAGCACCUUGAGGUUGGAUUAUUCCCCAAGUGUCCCUGUGUCUCCCCAGAUGCCCCUCUCUGUAUACAAGAGUAGCUGCUGUUUGAAAAAUGCUCUGUUCUGUUAUUCACUUAAUCCUCACAGCGGUGUGCAGCGAGUCUGUAACCGUCAGUUAGCCGCAUUUGGCUCGUAGGAAAAUGAGCUCAGAGAACACGGCUCUGGCAGGGCCGCACAGCAGUGAGUAUCGAGGACAGGAGUCAAGCCCGUGCUCACUGGCACCCAUAGCCCGCAGGGCUGUCUUCACAGCUCUGAUUCACCCUCUGCCUUUUCUGUGUAGAGCGGCCCUUCCCUCCUCCCCCUGCCCCAGGUCCCAGGCUUGGCUUUGCUGACAGCAGCUAUGUGACCAAGGAUAAACUGGUUUGGGGGCCCAAGUCUCCUUAUAUAGAGGAGAGUUAGCUUGGAUUUGGAGGUUCUGAUACAAAUUUUCCAGGGUCCUCCAAGUAUUAAAAGUUGGCUCUGUGUUAUUUCACAAAUUUCAGAAGGGAAGUGACAUUCGUACAAGGCAGUAUGUCUGGGGCAUGAAACAACAGGUCUCUUGUUUGAAGCAGAAAUGAUAGAAUGUUGAGUCUUUGCAUGUCCCAAUCAGCAAUCCUCUGUGUCUGUCUCUGUCUGUCGCUCGCUCUUUCUCUCUCUCUCUCUCUCUCUCUGUGUGUGUGUGUGUGUGUGUUUACAUGAGUAUGGAGGUCAGAGGACAACCCUGAGCAAUCGACUUUCUCUUAUCACCAUGUUGAUCUAAGGGAUCAAACUCAGGCAUCCUGUUUGAUGAAUAAAGAAUCUGAAAACAAGUUAAUUAUUAUUUAAUGCUUACAGUAUUUAUGGAAGAGAAGCUGUAGACGUAGCCACCAUGGCUGAUCUCAGGGCUCUUUUCCAGUUUCAACACAUCCAGAAGUGAAGCUAUUGGCAAGACCUGGCCUGGUUUUCAGAUCUCAAAUGUAGGCCUCCUGGGGUCUGGCUCUUAUUUGCAAGGCUGGCUUAUCCUAUUAACAGAAUCAGCAGCAGCAAUAACUUGCCAACCCCUCCUGCCAGCCCCAUGACAAGCCCUUCUUUCUCUGAGCCUAGAUCUAACAUCUCACCACUUGAGCGGGGAAAGAGUUCCCUGCUGUUGAUUGCCUCUUACCAUCAGUAAUUAUGUCCCCAACGUCAUCCCUUGUAAAUAUUAUUUAAUAUUCCCAGGGCACUGUGACAUGUUGGUCUCUCUAGCUAAUCAGACAUUGCCUUGACUGAAAUACCAUCCCCUGCUGAAGUGACUGGAAACAAUCAAAGUCAAAACCAACAGUGAAUCACACCUGCAGACUCCAACAUAAUGGCAAUGCUCACCUGAGCUGCCCGGAAUCCUGGAGCCCUUGUGGUCCUUAAUUGUCUCAAUUUCCUGUUGAGCACAGACAUCUCAGAUCUUAUGUCUCCCUCCCCUGGGCAGGAUUAGUCCCAUUAGACCCAUCUGGACCUUUCUUGCUAUGAAGUGGCCAUGGUCUGGGGCCUAGUGCUUCUCUCCCAGAGCCCUGGGCUCCUGCUCUGGACUGUCUUGCUGUGAUGUGGGAUAAGCCAGAAAUCAAGGCUGUUGCUGGGGCUGCUUGCUCCCUGCCCUCGUCCUGCCUUCAGCCCAAUCCUUGCUGGCCAGGCCUACUCCAUCCUGACACAUUCUGGUAGUCUGUGCAGCGUCCUCUGAUCACAGGCUCCAGGAAGGUCAGACUGUGUUAGCAGCACUCAGCUGUCUGAUGUCCAGGACCUGUCAGAAUCCAGGGGUCCCCUUUUCUUGGAUCUUUGGCUUCUUCCUUCCCCUCUGUCACUUCCCCCCAAUGUUGACUGCAUGCUGACAGAAUUCCAUCUUGAAAGUAAACUUGAAAGAAUUGCAGGGCCUUCCCCAAAGAGCAGGUGUGGUGAGGACAAUGUGGAAGAGGUGUGCAUACUGAGAGCACAGUGGGGACCCGUGGGAGAGGCCAGGGGAACAGUCAGGCCACUCCUCCUCCCACCACCCUUCGCCGGUGUGUGCCACAUCCCAGAGCUUACCUUCCAGUGUGGGGAGCAGAUAGGAGCAGGGUAUAUGAGCAAUAAGAAAGUCUUUGGGCUGAGGGAGCAGGGUAAGGGAAAUCAAGUCCUAGCAGGGUGAGCAGAGAUGCUCCCAUUUGAAUGGGGUCAGUUUCGAGCAGAUUAGGGAGGAACAAGUCAGGUAUCUGGAGGAAGUUUUCUAGGCAGAAGCAGCAGAGCACAGGCCCUGCGGCCACGGGCAAAGGUGAGGAGGAUGAGGAGAGCGGAAAUGACCCAGUGGGGAAUGGGAGAAGGAAUCGGGUCGGGGGGACGGGACCGCCCCGGCUUACACCUGUAGCCGAGGUGUUUAGGUGGAAGAGAGAUGGGGUCCGACUUGUUUUGACAGCGCUGCUCUGUUGGACACAACUGUGGCAGGUAGGGUGGACACGGGAAACCUGUGAGGAGCCGUGCCACUGUCCAGGUGAGAGGUGAUCCUCUGACCCCUCCACCUGCUCCGUGUCUUGAUUCAAUUACAGGAAGACGACUGGGCACCUCCAGAAGGCCAGUCACCCCAAUUUCCCUGAUGUCACAGACGACCUCUGUGUCUGUCUGCUCUCCCUGCCCUUCUCAUUCUCACAGAUCCAUGUGGGGCAGAGAGGAAGUGUUGUGAGGUCUGUCCCGGGUCUAGGGACAGGGUGACAGUGAGGACUCGUGGUUCUGUUGAACCACUAGGUAAGUCAGGCCCCUAUCGGCUGUGGUACACCUGUGUGGAUGUUCCUGAGGGGCACCAAGGAAGGUCUCUGCAGGACUAACAGGAGUGGGCGCAUGCUUCCUGGUCAGGAGCCACGCAGGCAUUUCUUCUAGUAACCGGAACCGGCCUGUGUUGGGGCCCUGCUCACUGGACACUGACUGCCCUGGGUCCUUCACCUACUGUCCUCAGUCUAGAGCACCGGAGCUUCGGGGACAGCGUCAUCCUUUCGUGGACAGAUAAGGGAGCCAAGGCCAAAGCAGCAGGGCACGUCCUCUCAGCCACCAGCCCUGAUCAUGUGACCUGCGAUGUAUCCACAGAGGUUCAGAGGAGACCUGUGCUGUCACUGGGCAAGGUGGUAGGCAGACGCCUGGCCUCUGGCUCAUGGUUCACACCAGACCGUGCCCAUAUUGGGCCUGUGGGCACACUGGACCAGACACAGGAGGAGGGAACAGCAUCAGACCCAGAGAAAGCUCUGUCGGCCCUGCUCCUGUGGGCCUCGGGCUACCAGGGGGCUGCCUAGGCCAGAAUGCCCUGCAUGGAAACCUCUCCUCCCUCAGGCCUUGUCCUACCAGAGUUGCUGGAGAGCUUUGCAGAAGGCUUUUACGUGAGAGAAAGAUGCUGCCUGGUGAGGGGUAAAUUCCUUCUCUGUUGCUGGGAGAGGAUACCAUGGUUAAGGUGACUUAAAGAAGGAAGGGCUUAUUUGGACUUGUAGUUCUGGAUGGAUGAGUCCAGCACCACCACUCUAUAAGCAGGGCGGAGAGUGACCUGGGAAUGGCAUGUGGCUCUUGACACCUCAAAACCCACUCUCAGGGACACACUUCCUCCUGCCACACCUAAGCCUCCCCAAACAGGGCCACCAACUAGAGACCAAAUAUUCAAAUGCUGGAGACCCUCAGAGACAUCUCAUUCAAAGCACCACAAGGGGCUUCUGGGGGCUGAGCCGAUGACCAGAGGCCAGCCUCCGCCGCUCCUCAGCAAGGCAAGCACUGGUAUUCCAAGUAGAGCAGCCUGAGCUGGGAACAGGCAGUGGCGGUGACCAGAGGUCAAGGGAUUCUCUAUCUGAAGAACGCCACGUGUUCUUCCUCCUCUUGAAAAGUGCCCAUUGUACAUUUUUCUACUGGUGUCUUCGGGUAGUUUGGAAAAUACACACUCACCUUAUAAAUA